AUAUAGAGAGAGAGAGAGAGAGGGAGAGAGAAGAUCAAAUCCAUGGCGGCGACGGCAUCGAAGAAACUGAAAGCGUUGAUGAACCACCCAGCAGGCCCUAAAACAAUUCAUUUCUGGGCACCAAUGUUUAAGUGGGGGAUUAGCAUCGCAAAUAUUGCAGACUUUAAAAAACCAGCAGAGGAGGUUUCUUAUCCUCAGCAAGCAGCUGUUACACUGAGUGGGAUAAUCUUUUCACGCUACAGCACUGUCAUAAUUCCGAAAAACUGGAACCUUGUUGGCGUGAACAUGACAAUGGCUGCAACAGGCAUCUAUCAGCUUACGCGUAAAGUCCGGCAUGACUAUUUUUCCAAGGAGGAGGAGGAAGAAGAAGAAGAAGCUGUAUCUGCUUUGGCCAAGGAAUAACAA